AUGUAUAUUUCUGGUUUCAGUCAAAACGGUGGGGAAUGCAAAGACCUGGUCAACGGGUAUGAGUGUGUCUGCGCAGAGGGAUUUACGGGAGUUGAUUGUCGGCAUAAUAUUGACGAAUGUGUGGACCAUCCUUGUGCAUACGGAGCCCGGUGUGUCGAUAAAAUCGGCACAUAUGAGUGUAUUUGUCCUGAGGGUCGUAGUGGUCGUCAUUGUGAGGAGGUCGUUGCCCCUAUCAUCCCGAAACCGCCUUCAUGUCGUUUCAAUCACCGCAUAUUCGAUCACGGUGAAAGGUGGUCCUCAUACUGCGCCACUUGAAGGAGAUUGGGUCUUGACGGACAUAGACAUCAGUCAAAGUUCGUCCUACUCGAGGAAUUCGGUGUACUAAGUUACUUUGAAGCUGUACAGGCCUUGGGAGAAGUUUUAGAGUUUUGUGGCUACUGGUCCUGCCUUACGGCAAACAGUAAUGGGGAUCCCUUCGCUUGUGGUCCAGGGGAAGAAUGUCGACUACUGAGUGCCGCUCCCUCUCCCCCACUUUGCCUAACACCACCAUGUUACGCUCGUGCCCAAUGCGUCAACGCAUCAUUCACAGACUUCAAUUUUUCACCAAUGAUACCUCUUGGCCUUCCACCAGCUUUGUCUAGUUGUCGACCGGGAUCAGCCAGGCUAACCAAUCAGUGCGCUAGAUUAGCGGUUGUAUUGUCACGUUCUCAACUCCCUUAUGGUGUCACCGUUGAAGACUUCUGUAACUCGGUUAAGGCCCUUCCUGCAGUGGAAUAUGCCAGAACUGGAAGUAGUGAAGGAGGAUUGCUGGGAAUGAGUUGUGGACUGGCCGGAAUUCAACCUGAAUUUGGGUCUGAUUUGGCCUUUAUUGAGGCAACUGAAGAUGGUAAAGAGUUUGUUUUCGUGCAGCGCUUUGCGCACAACAUUGCGACAGCUAUUCGAGAGAAUGCCUCCGCGAAUGUCACAACGGAUACCCAGAAUCCACCUUCACUGGCUCUUAUGAUGGGAGCUGAGUCCCAGGACAUUUACUGGAACUCUAUUCUUCACGGAAUUUCCGAAAUUAAUGUGGAGACCGUUCUGGUUAAAGAUGAUGAGAUUCCCACCAAUCCGUUGCUAGUACCAUUAGCCUGCUCCCUUGUGGUAGCGGUAGGAGUUCUCCUUACUUGCAUAAUCUGCGUCUGUGCGCAUCGAAAGCGCCAAGAACUAAUGGAGAAGUAUUCCAUUAAACAACCCCCGGUGAUAGCAGCUAUUCCUGCAGAUCACAACAUUACUACGCCCACAACUAUCACACAUCAAUACUACACUCCAGGAAUAGUCUAUACUACCAGCCCGGCAGGGCAGCAGCAAAUGACUUUAGCUCGUGUACAAACUUAA